AUGUCUGCGGUCGCGACAGAGAUCAGUGCGGCACUGUCAGCAUUUUUCAUGCUGCAGGCGGGAGCGGGCUUGCCCCCGUCCCUAGAGCCCCCGUCCCUAGUGCCCUCGUCCCUAGUGCCCCCGUCCCUAGUGCCCCCGUCCCUAGAGCCCCCGUCCCUAGAGCCCCCGUCCCUAGAGCCCCCGUCCCUAGAGCCCCCGUCCCUAGUGCCCCCGUCCCUAGUGCCCCCGUCCCUAGUGCCCCCGUCCCUAGUGCCCCCGUCCCUAGAGCCCCCGUCCCUAGUGCCCCGUCCCUAUGCCCUCGUCCCUAGUGCCCCCGUCCCUAGUGCCCCCGUCCCUAGUGCCCCCGUCCCUAGUGCCCCCGUCCCUAGUGCCCCGUCCCUAGUGCCCCCGUCCCUAGUGCCCCCGUCCCUAGAUCCCCCGUCCCUAGUGUCCUCGUCCCUAGUGCCCCCGUCCCUAGUGCCCCCGUCCCUAGUGCCCCCGUCCCUAGAGCCCCCGUCCCUAGAGCCCCCGUCCCUCGAGCCCCCGUCCCUAGUGCCCCCGUCCCUAGUGCCCCCGUCCCUAGUGCCCCCGUCCCUAGUGCCCCCGUCCCUAGUGCCUGCGUUAUUGUUUGCCACAUGGCCUUAA